AUGUCGUUGCUGGCGCUUGUGAGGAAGAACUUGCUGGUGGCGAGCCGCAACAAACGAUUCUGGGCAACGCUCGUUGUCCUCCCGCUCAUCCUGGCGGUAGCCGCCGGGCUGGUCACCAACUCGGUCUCGUUUCUCAACGUCUCUCCCUUUGCCAUCACAUCGCCGGCUGUUUGGGGAGACCUUUCUCCGUCGACCAAGCUGCCUAUUCUGCUUGAUUCGCCUGUGGUUGACUCGAUCGAGUGGCGGAAGCAGUUCUGGUCGCGGUAUCCGCACGUCACGCCGGCACCUGAUGGCGUCCGCAUCUUUGCCAACAUCUCUGACCUCGCGGCAGCCGAGUUUGACUCGCACGCCAACGACACUACCUUUCCGGGCGGGUAUCGGGUGCACAAUGCGAGCGGAUCGCUGGAGGAGGUGACCGCGGUGACGGUGACGGUGAUGUACGCGCCGGACUCGCCGCUUGUUCUCCCGUUGAUGGUCAAGGAUCUGGUGGCGACGGUGCUGGCGUGGCGGACCGGAAACGAAUCUGGCCCUGCACCGGUGCUCCGGGAGACACAAGCGCCAGUGAACAACAAGCAUGUGGAUGCUGCUUUUACUUGGGGCCUCUUUGGCCCGCUGAUGAUGUCGUACGCCAUCGGCUUCUUUGUGGCCGGCUACACGACGGUCAUUGUCGACGAGAAGGUGUCGGGGACCAAGGAGCUGCUGCUGCUUAUGGGCUGUCCCAUCGGUACAUGGUGGGCCUCGUUCUUUGUGGUACACUACGGGAUCUGGCUCGUGGUGGCGGGCGGCUCGCUCGGCAUCGUGUACAGCUUCGGGCUGGUGGUGGUGACGAACAACACCGUUCUGGCGCCGGUACUGUUUCUUCUUGUCUCCGGUGCGGCGCUCAUUCUCUGCUCGUACUUGCUCUCGUUCCUCUUUGACACGGCCGAGAACUGCGCUCGGGUAGUCCGGAUCAUUGUCUCGCUGAUUGUGAUUCUCCCGUACGUGCUGAUCACGGUCAUUCUGCACAACCCGUCGUCGCCUGCUCUCCAGACGGCGCUCUGCGUUCUUCCGACGUACGCGCUCUACCGCGGCUGGACACUUCUGGGACUGUACAUCUACACCCGAGCCCCGAUCACGCCUGGCACACUUCUUGCGGCGCACAAUCAGCUUAUACAGCUCAUUGGUGUUCAGCUGGCGGUCUCUCUGGGCGCAGCGCUGGCCAUCUAUGUGCUCGACAUGCGGUCGCGGGCGGCAGCGACAGCGUCGUCGAUGGUAGCGGCCGAUCCAGAGAGCGGUCCGUGCGAGCUGCCUGCGACAGCGGAUGCCGACGUUGUAGCCGAGGCGGUGCGAGUUGCUGCAGCGGAAUGCUUGGACCCGCUGCGGGUUGUGGGCGUGACCAAGGCGUACGGCUCGGGCGAGGAGCGAAAGGUGGCGAACAAAGCUGUCUCGUUUGGCAUCGCGCAGUCCGAGGUGUUGGGCAUUCUCGGACCCAACGGUGCCGGCAAGAGCACGUUGCUCAAGAUUGUCUCUCGAGCGCACGCCCCGGACUCUGGGGCGGUGGUCCUCGACGGCAGGCUAGGGGUGUGCUCCCAGCAAAACUCGCUGUGGGACGAACUGACCGGGCGCGAGCACCUGGAGAUCUUUGCGGCGGUCAAGGGCGUGCCGAGCGCAGCUGUGCCGGCGGCGAUUGCCGAGCUGGCCGAAGUGACCGGUCUGGCCGAGCACCUUGCGGCGCGGACCGAGACGUACUCGGGUGGAACAAAGCGGAAGCUGGCGCUGGCGCUGGCUUUUCUAGGCGAUCCGCCGGUGGUGACGCUUGACGAGCCGUCGUGCGGGCUCGACCCUGCAUCGCGGCAUGCCAUGUGGUCGAUCAUCCAGGCGCUGCAGCCAGGAAAGACAAUCCUGCUCACGACGCACGCGAUGGACGAGGCCGAGGCGCUCUGCUCGCGGGUGGCUAUGCUUGUUGGCGGUGAGCUCAAGUGCAUCGGCCCGAUUCAGCACCUCAAGUCCAAGUUUGGUGCGUCUGUGAGGAUCGAGGUUACGGCGCCAGACGAUGUUGCGGUCGACGCCAUCCAAGCCGAUGUCGCAGCCGCGUUUCCCGCAGCCCGACUCGACCACGAGCACUUUGGCACGCUCGUGUACUCGAUCCCGCGGGCGACAGCCGUGCUCCCAGACCUGCUGCGGACGCUUCUUCACGCUGUAGUCGACGUCCACAACGUUGUCGACUACUCGAUCUCACAGUCGUCGCUCGAGCAAGUGUUUCUCCGGCUUUGUCGCCAAAGCGAAGACGAUGCCUGA